UCCGUCUCAUACCGGAAAUGGACGUGGCAAGCUCCUGUUUUAACUCCUGUCAAACUAUCAGCAGUCAGUUGGUCAUUAGAUCUCACUGAUUAUCUGUAGUACUUGCGUUUCUGACACUUCACUCCCAUCUGUCUCUUUCUAAUGUCCCGAUAGCGCUCUUGGAGGCUCAGCAGGGGCGAUGCGGGUGUUUUGGCGCUGGUUUUGGGGCUUGAUUUGGGUCGGAGUGUCUGCAAAUCGUGCAGGAUCUCCUGUGUUUUCUGAUGAGAUCCCCUUCAAAAUCAAAUGGCCCGGAUCAGAUUUCACCCUGCCAACAUCUGGAGGCCUGUACAAAGAAGAGGACUAUGUUAUCAUGACAACUGCAGAAAAAGAAAAGUACAAGUGUUUAUUGCCAUCUUUGUCCAGCAAUCCGGAGGAUGAUGUGAAGGAGUAUAGCGGACCGAGUCCAGCCAUGCUACUGGAGCCGUUAUUCAAACAGAGCAGCUGCUCCUACAGAAUCGAGUCAUACUGGACAUAUGAAGUGUGCCAUGGGAAGCAUGUACGGCAGUACCAUGAGGACAAGGAGACGGGGCAGAAGAUCAACGUUCAGGAAUACUAUCUGGGUACCAUGAAUAAAAAAGAUAGUACAGAAUCAGAAACUGAUAAAUCUGGAGACUCUGAAAAGGAAGCAUCAGACACCAACGCAGAGGUGCCAACGAAGAAUAUAGAGGGUCAGCUGACGCCAUACUAUCCCGUAGAGAUGGGACAUGGGACCGAAUGCACUCUGAGACAGAACGAACCUCGCUCUGCCACAGUGCUGUACGUCUGCCAUCCGGAGGCAAAGCACGAGAUCCUCACAAUCGCUGAGGUCAUCACCUGUCAGUAUGAAGUGGUGGUGCUCACACCUCUCCUUUGUCCUCAUCCGAAAUACAGGUUCAAGUCCUCCCCAGUGAAUGACAUCUUUUGUCAGGCUCUGGGUGGCUCCCCUCUCAGACCUCAGAGUCUGUCCCAGCUGGAUCGUGAGCAGGAAGAGCUGCUCAAACCACCGUUCAGCUCAAGCAGCGAACGGGAUUUGAGGGGAUCCAGGGAGGACAAAUCUCCAGUGAAGGAAGAGGCAUAUACCUCUACCCAUAAGCCCCUGACAGUAGGCGGUCAAUCCCAGGUCACCGUUGGCACCACCCAUAUCUCUCGACUAACUGAUGAACAGCUGAUCAAGGAGUUUCUGAGCGGCUCGUACUGUCUGCAUGGGGGUGUUGGAUGGUGGAAGUAUGAAUUUUGUUAUGGAAAGCAUGUACACCAGUAUCAUGAGGAUAAAGAGCAAGGGAAGAACAUUGUGGUGGUGGGCAGCUGGAACACUGAGGAUCAUAUGAACUGGGCCAAGAAAAACGUGGCACGAUCUUAUCAUUUAAAAGAUGAUGGAGCACAGAAAGUCAAGGUCGUAUCUCACUUCUAUGGCCAUGGAGAUGUUUGCGACCUAACAGGGAAACCGAGACAGGUUAUAGUCAAGCUUAAGUGUAAGGAGUCGGAGUCUCCUCAUGCUGUUACUGUUUACAUGCUGGAACCUCAGACCUGCCAGUAUAUUCUUGGGGUCGAGUCCCCUGUAAUAUGCAAGAUCUUGGACACUGCAGAUGAAAAUGGACUUCUUUCAAUCCCUAGCUAGCCCGCAUGAUUGGUACCAAGAUGGAGGAAUGAAGAGUAGCUUAAAGAAUGAACAAUACAGAAGAGGAACGCGGUAUGAUGCUCAGAGGGAGAAAUAAAGGUCUGGUUCAAUAGAUCAUGAAGAUAACAUGGACAUGCUGAAUCUCAGACCUCAACCCUUUGACAAAAAGUCCCUCGCUGACUGCACUUUCCCUUGUGAACCCUAAACAAGGAGAUUUGGUGGAACUUUUAAACCAGGAGAUGCAGCAAGGACUGAAUUCUCAGUGUUUUUAUCUACAAAUCUCUAAGCUGUUGAAGAAUAUUUUUCUUCAGCUUUUUUCAUGCUUUGUAACAUUUAGGUGGCUGGCUGUGGGAAAGUCACCUGUUCUUUAAAAUCUAAUCAAAUUAUUCACUUGUUCUGUUAAUCAAUUGAUGAACAAAAUGGUCGGCUGUUUUAGAUAUACAUUAUUUAUUUUGUCCAAUUUCACAUUAACACUGUGCAGCUGGAGAUGGUUAUUAAAAGUUUUUAAAAGAAGUGAAUGACGAAGUAAUUAAGUGCAAAUCGCAAGGGAAAUACACUGUCUUGAAUGCAAUGAAAAUUGAAUGUAAUUAAACAGUUUUUUGGAAA